UUUUUUAUUUAUCAUUAGAUAACACAAUAAAUUAAUGCAACCUUAAAUAGUAUUUAAAGAAAAAAAUAGUUAUUUUUAAUUCAUUGUCGUGAAAAAUGAAGAUGAAGACUAUAGUAGCACUUCUGGUAAUUGCAACACUUUAUAGGGUGUCUUCAGCCACAAGCAACACAACAACCCAUAGUGACAUAAUUGAAAAGUACCAAACUAAUAUCACCGCUCUGAUUAACGACAUCAUUUUGGCGAGCAAUCUCACAUCAGCAAAUGUAACCUCAACCACUUCAUCAAUCCAAAGCAAAGUGGACAUAUCAGUAGACACGUUGGCUCAAGACAUCAAACUAGCACAGAACGCAGUCUGUACGCAGUUUUCAAAACCCGGAUCUUGCACAAAUACUACAAUAAAAUCAUGUUUAAACCAGCAAAAAAUAUAUGCCCAAGCCCUUUCCACCAAAGCACUAGAAGACUGUUACAAUGCAAGCACAGUUACAACGUUGGAUAGUUAUCAGUCCGAUAUUUUGUCGCUAAAAUCGCCAGUUUCAGCUCUUGGCGAUACCUGCGCUCAGCUGCAUCCUUUGGCUUCUGACACGAUUGGCAUGGACAACUGCAUGACUUACAACAUUGCCUAUUACCGUCAGAUGCUUAAUGAAGCUAUCACAAACUACAACAUCGAAAUUGAAUCGAUUGAAAAUGAUGUUGAUGCAUGCAUUUUGAAUAAGAAAAGCAGUAUUACUAAUCAAAGUACAACUAUUUUGAACAAUGCACUUCAGUGUACUGGAACUUCUGUUUAAUAUAAUGGAAGUACAAUAAAUUGUACCAAUUACUAGUUGCAUUAUUCAAAAACGUCAUAAAAUUGAUCAUCAUCAAAAUUUUAGUACCCGUCAUGAUAAAUGUGGGAAUGUUAGAAAAAAAAUUAUUAAUAUUUAAUUUGUUUAGGUCUAUAAUUAAGGCAUUUAAAAUGGUAGCAGUAGACUUUCUUAAUUGUUUUUGUACAAAUGAAAGUGUGUAUUCACUAACAUAACAUAAUAUUAAUACCUCCCAAGUAGAUAUUAAUUUUUUCUCAGUGUGUAACUUACACAAGUGAUUAAUGGUAGUAACAUAAAAACACUCCCAACUACUAAUGUAAUUUUGUAUAUUUACCUACUGUUAAAAUUAGUAUAUUGUACACAAAAUAAUCUACACUAUUUACAUGUUACAAUGACAUUGUUUUAAUUGUUUAAAAAUAUUACGUAAAGCUUUACUGGCUGAUCUUGUACCAUUUCUGAUGCAAUCUUUAGCUUCUACCAUUUUCUGAUUAAGUUUACUUUGAAAUUCCACUUUUAAAGCCAUUAAGGUUUGAUUGGCGUCAAACAAAACUUUGGGAUUAUUCAUACAUGAUCCACUUACAGCCUUGUCUAAAUCUAAAUAUCUCAUCUUGAGCUUUCGCAGACAGUCCAUCGUAGGAAGACAGUUGAAACGAUUAACGAACAAAAGUCUGCCAGUUUCCAUAAUGUAUUUAUUUACACAUGUGUGACUUGCGAUCGGAGUGCUCAACUUCAACUCUUCCAACAUGCUUCUGUAGCGUGUAAUUUUAGAAUUAGCCGAUGUUUUGGCGCGUGUUAUUUCUUCUUGGAUUGCGUUUAUGGUGUUCGUUUCUUCGUUGUUUGCCUUAAUGUACUCUUCAAAGAUUAUAUCUCUCAUUGUUUUCUUGUUUUGCAUGUCUGUUGUGAUUGCCUUUUUAAAUAAAAUUUUAUUAUACAUUA